AUGAUGGCGGCGUGUGACCCGCGCCAUGGCCGCUACCUCACCGUGGCCACUGUAUUCCGCGGGCCCAUGUCCAUGAAGGAGGUGGACGAGCAGAUGCUGGCCAUCCAGAACAAGAACAGUAGCUACUUUGUGGAGUGGAUCCCCAGUAACAUCAAGAUGGCCGUGUGUGACAUCGCACCCCGCGGCCUCAAGAUGGCCUCCACGUUCAUCGGCAACAGUACAGCCAUCCAGGAGCUGUUCAAGCGCAUCUCGGAGCAGUUUGCGGCCAUGUUCCGCCGCAAGACCUUCCUGCACUGGUUCACAGGGGAGGGCAUGGACGAGAUGGAGCUCACUGAGGCAGAGAGUAACAUGAACGACCUAGUGUCUGAAUACCAGCAGUACCAGGAGGCCACGGCCAAUGAUGAGGAAGAAGAGCUCAAUGAGUAA